AUGCCCGAAUUCUCCCUCGCAGAUGAGGAUGACGUGCACAAGUGCGGGCGCUGCCAGGCCGAGUUCACCUCCCUGGAAGAGUUCGUGCAGCACAAGCUGCAGAAGGUCUGUCAGAGAGUCCCCGAGGCUCUGCCCGCAGCGCCGCCGGGCCUCGGCCAGGACGUGCAGAAGGUCGUUCCUUCUGUCGAGGAGUCGAUAACUGUUGCUCAUAUAGUGGUCGAAGCAUCUUCGAUAGCGGAGGAAAUCAGCAACGCCUCUGCUAUAGUAGGUAGUGGGCACAUCAAAGAAGUCAUUGUUGCAGGAGACCACGUUUUUGAAAACCCAAAUGGCCACACGGAUGGGGAAGUCCCAGAAGAGCCAGGCAACCCCGAUGACCUGGAGCAGGUUAUCUCCACAGAACUGAUAAAGGUUAAGCUGCUGGUUAACAAAGAAGGGAGAUAUGUAUGUGAAUUAUGCCAGAAGACAUUUAAAACAGCCAGCAUCCUCAAAGCUCACAUGAUCACUCACAGCAGCAGGAAGGACUAUGAAUGCAAACUCUGUGGAACUUCCUUUAGGACAAAAGGGUCUCUGAUUCGGCACCAUCGGCGUCACACUGAUGAAAGACCUUACAAAUGCAAGAAAUGUGGGAAGAGCUUCCGGGAAUCGGGAGCUUUGACUCGGCACCUGAAGUCUCUGACACCCUGCACUGAAAGGAUUCGCUUCAACAUGAACAAAGAAAUAGUGGUCAAUAAAGAGGAUCUGCCAACAGGAUCCUCUAGCUCAAACCCAGACACCGUUUCCUCAAUAGCAAGUGAGUCCAUCGAGAGCUCACCCGUCAUUCACCUGGUGACAGAUGCAAAAGGCAACGUGCUUCAUGAAGUCCACGUCCAAAUGCAGGAGCUUCCUGUUGUAGAUGCAAAAUCCCUGGAGCAAGACCAGUCACAUCCUGAGGAGCUGCCAUGUGAGGGGGAAGUGACAAGUGAGAACCUGCUGAGGGAGGCCAUGAGGAACUCGGGUAUCGUGAUAGAGCGAGUCGCUGUGGAGGAGAUGCAGAAGGCAGACCCAGAGCCUGCUGUGGCUGCUGCAGAAGGACUGCAGAAUGAAGUGAAAGCAGAAGAGGAGCCGUAUGGGGAGCAGUGUGUUGAAGUAGAACAAGCAGAGUCUACAGAUGGAGAAAGAACAAAUGGGUACAAAAGUUAUGUUUGCCCUCACUGUAACGAAGCCUUCACUGAAGCUACUUCCCUUGAAACGCACAUGAAAGGUCAUUUAGAUUACAAGCCUUUUAAGUGUGAGGAGUGUGGCAAAGAGUUCACCAAGGGCUACCUGCUAAAGAAGCACCAAGAGGUGCACAUGAACGAGCGGCGCUUCCGCUGUGGGGAGUGUGGGAAGCUCUACAAGACCAUUGCACAUGUGAAGGGGCAUCGACGAGUGCACUCUGAUGAGAGGCCCUAUUCCUGCCCCAAGUGUGGCAAGCGGUACAAGACAAAGAAUGCCCAGCAAGUCCAUUUCCGUACGCACCUGGAGGACAAGCCCUACGUGUGCCAGUUCUGCAGCCGCGGCUUCCGGGAGAAGGGCUCGCUGGUGCGCCACAUCCGCCACCACACCGGAGAAAAGCCUUUCAAGUGCUACAGGUGUGGGCGAGGCUUUGCAGAGCACGGCACCCUCAACAGGCACCUCAAAACCAAAGGUGGCUGCCUCCUUGGUUUGAAAGAGGUGGAGGAAAUGAUGGUGUCUGAGGAAAGCCAGUCUGCUGACAACUUGGCUGCCACGGUCAUCUCCGAAGACCCUCACACGGUGCUGGUGGAGUUCUCUUCAGUGGUGGCAGACACUCAGGAGUACAUCAUCGAGACUGCUACUGAAGACAUGGAGACCAGUGAAGCUACUGAAAUCAUAGAGGGAACAAGACAUGAGGUUGACAGCCACAUUAUGAAGGUCGUGCAGCAAAUAGUGAAUCAAGCAAACUCUGGUCACCAGAUCAUCGUGCAGAACGUCACCGUGGCAGAGAACUCUGAAGUAACCACUGAUGCUGCAGACACCAUCACCAUCGCCACCCCCGAGAGCCUCACAGAGCAGGUGGCCAUGACCCUGGCUUCUGCCAUCGGAGAGGGAGCAGUGCUGACCACGGAGGGUGGCAUUGAGACAGAGGAGGCGACGGUGACCAUGGUGGCAUCCGAGGACAUCGAAAUCAUGGAACACGCAGGAGAGUUUGUGAUUGCCUCGCAGGAGGCGGAGGUGGAAGUCCAGACCGUGAUCGUGUGAUGAGCAGCACACAGCCACCGACAGACGUGAUGUCAAACUCCCCGGGUUUCCCUGUUUGGGAGUUUGAGCAGUCCUGUUCUGGCCAU